GCGCAUUUGCGACUACCUUAUUGGUGACUCUGCUUCGAACCAACAAAAUGUUGAUUUUUAUUUUCAUUACAUUUUUGUAAUUUAGUCUAGAUACAUAUAUGAUAUAUAUUCCAAGUUUUAAGAUAUAUAUUGUUGAUCUUUGUAAAUAUCUUACACAGUCAAAUAUUAGUUUACGCAUAUGUAUAUUUUGCACACAUUGUGCGGGGGUGUGGUAUAUUGUGAAUGAGUCCCUAUACAUUUUAUAGUUAAUGACAUCGUCAUUUAAAUAAUUAAGAAAAGCCAUGGAGGCUAUAACCAAAUUAUAUGUAAAUAUGGGGGAGAGAAUUAUACAAAAUUUAGAAUCGAACAAAAUUCGUCACCGAACAAAAGUUAGUCCAGGAUUAUGGAUUGGGCCUUUAAUGGGUUUUUGUGCAACAUCAACUUUAUUGUAUGAAGAUCAUAGUUAUUCGGAAAUUUGUUUAUUGGAAGGAUUAACUGGAAUUGGAUUAAUUAUAAGUUGUUUCAUUCUUUAUAUUCUUUUAUCCACCAACAAUGUGGUGGUUAAAGAUUUUCAGGUUGUCUACUUCCUUCCAUGUAUCGUAACAUCCACACUGUAUCUUCUUGUUGCCAACAAAGGAUUGCUAGUGAGUGUAGCAUGGGGUUCAAGUGUUGGAAGUUUGAGUACCUGGGGUGUCGUUCAGGUGAUGUCACAAUUUCCCAGUUGCUUCACUGUUGGCGAGGCUACAGCAGUGACGCAUGGACUUGUUUUGUUCUUACUAUCGGCCGCCACCAAUAUCCCCCUUAGAUAUCAUUUACCACCAAUUCAUAACAAUGAUAUUGCAACCGUAAUAUUGCAAGUGGGAAUACUUUAUGUGUUGUCUCUCUGCUUGGUGUGUAAACUUUUCCCUCGAUUACGAGAAACGAAACAAUUUUACGCAUGGAUUUUCGUAACAAGUGCGUUAUGGUUAUUCCCAACCUUACAUUCUUUGUUAGAUCGGAGUCCAAUUCUGUGGAUAUUCUCAUAUAUUUUCAGCAAACCAUCAAGAAUAUUCUUAAUGACCAUCUGGUCAAUCUGCUUUUUAUUAUCAUGGUGUUUUAUAAUACACAAACUUAAUUUGAAAACGAAAGCAACGACUUCGGAUAGAAAAGUCUUUCAUGUUUUGGCAUCAAUAGUUUUUAUAGCUGGAUUAAUUUGGGAGCCUGUCUUAUUGUACACAGCAAGUGGUGCAGCUUUUGCUCUACUGACAAUGUUGGAACUGUUUAGAUUUUUAAAUAUACCGCCUUUAGGGAAAAUUUUGCAUCAAGGGUAUGCUGUAUUUGCCGAUGAAAAGGAUGAAUUUGUUUCUUUAACACCACUGUAUUUGCUGUGCGGUUUAUCAUUUCCUCUCUGGAUGCCAGCCAACGACACAGCACUUUUGCCGUUACUCAGUGGUGUUCUCACUGUAGGAAUUGGAGACGCGGCUGCUAGUUUUGUCGGUAGCAAUUGGGGCAAAUAUAAACUGAAUGGUUCGAGGAAAACGAUGGAGGGUUUAAUUGCCUGCAUUACGUCGCAACUUGUUUUAAUUUAUAUUCUUGCAGGUUUUGGUUUAAUUGAAGAUAAGAGACACUUGUUUAGAAGUACGUUUGCUGUAAUAGGAGUUUCUAUUGUUGAGACAAGAACGGAGCAAGUUGACAAUUUGGUUAUGCCACUUCUCAUGUACCUAUGCCUUUUGUUGUGAAAAAUUUAUCUGUUAUAUUUUUGAGUUAAAACUCGAUAUUUAUGUACAUUUAUAUCUGAACACGUAAUUUUCGAUUUAUAAUCGUCAUUUCUCGUGUAUAAUUGUUUCUCUUUUCUUUUCUUUUAUUUGUUUGAAAAUACAUGUUUAAAUAAAAUAUUCCUUUUUUAACGAAUUGAAGAAUUUCAAAUCUUCAAAUAUGUACUUUAAGUAUAUAAUUUUAACAAGAAAGGCUGAUAACUACAAAUUUAAAGCUAUUAAACUUUAAUACAAAGAUCUAUCAACUUGUUUAUGUAAGUUGAAAAUAAUAUUUUACGCUUAAAAGUUAAAUUAUACGUGAAUAAUUGUAAAAAAACAAGUGCCAGAUUAAUAAUUACUGAGAACUUUAGAAAGAAAUCGGACAAGCACUUAAAACAAAAGGUAUCGCCGAUUGGUAGCGAAUACAUUUCUAUCAUAAUUUGUCAAUUAAUAAUGUUCAGGGUGACAACAAUUUAGAAAGAUCUUAAUUAUUUUGUAAAAUAUUUGUAAUUUUAUAUAUAUAUAUUUCAGUUUUUUUUUGAGAAUUUUUAACUCGUGAAUUAUAUUAUUUAUUUAUCAAAAAAUGACAAAUUAUGAAUUGAAUUUAUUCUCGAUCAGUCAGACUUGUAAAAAGAUUCGAAAAGUUAUUUCAUCUUUAUAUUUUUAUGUUAAAGAAUUUUCAAUGAAAAAUUGUUUUAGUGAAAAUGUAAACAACUUGUAUUUUAAAAUUUUGAACCAUUAGAAGCUACAUUCUGUUACUAAAUUACGUAAAUGUAACUUUUAAUCUUCAAAAUUUUUAAAAAUAAAAUUCACUUUUACUGAAACCAUUUUGAUUUUAAUUGAUAAAAUUUAAAGUUUUUCAGAGUUUUUAAUGGAAAUUACGAAAAAAAUCAAUUUAGACUGUAACAGUUGUUCUUAUACGUUAAUUGAUUCUUCAUUUACUUAUUAUAAACUAUCUGAUGCUUUUUAAAGAAAAUCGUAUAUUUAAUGUUUUGUAAUAUUUUUUAAAGUUUUGUAAAGUUUUUAAUAUUUUUAACAAAUAAUUUGGAAAAAUAGUAUGAAUGCUGUUUUAUUUAUGAGAAUGGUUUGAAAGAAUCAAUUUAAUAAUUGAGCGUCAUGUGAAGUUAUUAAUAUUAUGUUUAUUGUAUAGCUUGAUAAAUAAUGGUAAAUAAUUAUUUGAAUGUAUAAAUAUUUUCUUACUUUUGUGUUUAACUUUAACAAUAGUUUAUUAAAACAAAAGUCUAUUGAUGAAACAAUCUAACUGUUGCAACGCAGCAUUCCUUGUGAAAAUUUUGUCACAUAAAUUUUGCUAAAAAAAUUGUAAAAAAAAGCUUGAAUUUUAAUAAAAUAUUUUUCUACUUCA